CGACAGUGGCUUCCUGCCGGAGCCUCUCUGCCAUCGCGCUCGCCUCUCCCCGCAGCCGGCCGCCUCCCGGAGCCCUGGCCAGCGGCACCAGGCGCAGCGCUGCCCUCUCCCAUCCUUCCCAGAAGAGCGGGCGAGCGGAGGGACCGGGGCCGGGCGGCCCGGAGAAGCCGGUGGAGAUUCUUUAUCUUUGUUCAGGAGCCUAAGGUUGCUUGCUGAUCAUAAGAAGAUGAUUCUGUGGCUCUUUCUGCUUCUGUCAUCUCCAGUUUCUUCUACAACUGCAGAUGCUGAUAUAUCUGUGGAAAUUUGCAAUGUUUGCUCCUGUGUGUCAGUUGAGAAUGUACUCUAUGUCAACUGUGAGAAGGUUGCAGUCUACAGACCAAAUCAGCUUAAGCCACCAUGGUCUAAUUUUUAUCACCUCAACUUUCAAAACAACCUGCUAAUUAUUCUAUAUCCAAAUUCCUUUCUUAAUUUUACACAUGCAGUGUCCUUGCAACUGGGUAAUAAUAAGUUACAGAACAUUGAGGGAGGGGCCUUUAUGGGUCUUAGUGCAUUAAAACAGUUGCACUUGAACAACAACGAAUUAAAAAUUCUCCGGGCUGACACUUUCCUUGGCAUAGAGAACUUGGAGUAUCUCCAAGCUGACUACAAUUUAAUCAAGUUUAUUGAACGGGGAGCCUUCAAUAAGCUUCACAAGCUGAAAGUCCUGAUACUUAAUGACAAUCUGAUUUCAUUCCUUCCCGAUAAUAUUUUUCGAUUUGCUUCUCUAACCCAUCUGGAUAUACGGGGGAAUCGAAUACAGAAGCUUCCUUACAUUGGAGUUCUGGAACACAUCGGGCGAAUUGUUGAAUUGCAGCUGGAAGACAACCCCUGGAAUUGUACUUGUGAUUUGUUGCCUUUGAAAGCAUGGCUGGAGAACAUGCCCUACAACAUCUACAUUGGAGAGGCUAUCUGUGAAACGCCCAGUGACUUGUAUGGGAGGCUGCUGAAAGAAACCAAUAAGCAGGAGCUGUGCUCCAUGGGCACAGGGAGUGACUUUGACGUGCGCAUCCUGCCUCCCUCGCAGCUGGAGCCCGGUUACAGCACACCCAACGGCCACACCACCCAAACUGCAGUGCACAGAUUAGUCACAAAGCCGCCAAAGACUACAAAUCCUUCGAAGAUCUCGGGGAUAGUGGCAGGCAAAGCACUUUCCAAUCGCAAUCUCAGUCAGAUCGUAUCUUACCAGACCAGGGUGCCUCCUUUAACUCCUUGUCCCGUCCCUUGUGUUUGCAAAACUCAUCCUUCAGAUUUGGGAUUAAGUGUAAAUUGCCAAGAAAGAAAUAUAGAAUCGAUGGCUGAACUUGUACCAAAACCUUUAAAUGCCAAGAAACUGCAUGUAAAUGGCAAUUACAUUAAGGAUGUGGAUACUACAGAUUUCGCAGAGUUUGAGGGGCUGGAUUUGCUGCAUUUAGGCAGCAAUCGGAUUUCAGUGAUCAAAGGAGACGUCUUCCGCAACCUUACAAAUUUACGGAGAUUGUAUCUCAAUGGCAAUCAGAUAGAGCGUCUGAGCCCAGAAAUGUUUGCUGGCCUCCACAACUUGCAGUAUCUGUAUUUGGAAUACAAUGUUAUCAAAGAAAUCCUAGCAGGCACCUUUGACUUAAUGCCAAAUUUGCAGUUGCUCUACCUGAACAACAAUCUUCUGCGAAGCUUGCCAGCUUAUAUUUUUGCUGGUGCGCCACUUGCUAGACUGAAUCUGAGGAACAAUCACUUCAUGUAUUUACCUGUAAGUGGUGUUCUUGAUCAGCUAAAAUCUCUUACACAAAUAGAUUUGGAAGGUAAUCCAUGGGACUGCACUUGUGAUUUAGUUGCUUUAAAACUGUGGCUUGAAAAGCUAAAUGACGGUAUUGUGGUGAAGGAAUUGAAGUGUGAAACACCUGUUCAGUUUGCUAACAUAGAACUUAAAUCUCUGAAAAAUGAGAUUCUGUGUCCUAAACUUUUAAACAAGCCAUCUGCUCUAUUCACUAGUCCCAUGCCUGCUGUUAUUUUUACAACACCACCGGGACCAGUCCGGAGUCCUCCUGGUGGCCCAGUUCCAUUGUCCAUCCUAAUCCUAAGCAUAUUGGUUGUGCUGAUUUUAACAGUGUUUGUUGCUUUUUGUCUUCUUGUUUUUGUGCUUCGGCGCAACAAAAAACCAACCAUAAAGCACGAAGGGAUUGGAAACCAAGAGUGCAGUUCUAUGCAACUGCAGCUAAGAAAGCAUGAUCACAAGUCAAACAAAAAAGAUGGACUGGGUGCAGAGGCCUUCAUUCCUCAAACCAUUGAGCAGAUGAGCAAAAGUCAUACCUGUGGCUUGAAAGAGUCUGAAACAGGCUUCACGUUUGCUGACCCACCAGGUCAAAAGGUCAUUCUGAGAAAUAUGAAUGACAAGGAGAAAGAUUUAUUGCAUGUGGAUACCAGAAAAAGACUUAGCACAAUCGAUGAACUGGAUGAGUUAUUCCCUGGAAGGGAUUCCAAUGUAUUUAUUCAAAAUUUUCUAGAAAGUAAAAAAGAAUACAACAGCAUAGGGGUCAGUGGCUUUGAAAUACGUUACCCAGAGAAACUGCAAGACAAAAAAAACAAGAAAUCUCUAAUAGGUGGUAAUCAUAGUAAAAUUGUAGUAGAACAAAGAAAAAGUGAAUAUUUUGAACUAAAAGCUAAACUUCAAGGUUCACCUGACUAUCUACAAGUCCUUGAAGAACAAACAGCUUUGAAUAAAAUAUAGGUCAUACAAUCUUAUUGCCUACAGAGGACAUUAAUUUAAUGAUGAAAGUGCCUUUUGUUGACUUUUAACUUCCAAAUACUCUAUUAUAUUGAUAGGCAUAGAGGCAGGUGUAUCCAAGGGUGUCUGAUUAACUGUAGCUGCGUAUGAUUUGUCAAGUAGAGAAUUUCCUUAAUAGAUUUUACUCCAUAAAGCUCAUGCCCUGUGGAAUCCUGUAGGGAUACUGCAAACUCUAUUGCCAAAGGGAUGCUUUAUACAUGUUACACUGAAUUUAACCUCAAGAGGCAUAUAUGUUUUGUAUCUUAAAUGCAAACCAUCGUCUCCUUGUGAUUUGUUAGAACAAACACAAGAAACCUGGUACUGAUAUUUGUACUUCAGCUGGGUCCUUCAUCCUGCACGUGGAUUUAAGUUGGUGGAACUGGAGUAAUCCUUUGAUUUGUGGUGUUCUAAUGGCACUGUUUAAAGCUUAUCUGGAAAGUAACAAGCAUGCAAAGAGAGAACAUUCAAUAGUAUGUGUAAAUUGGUUACAUUUAUGGGCUGCAUCUUGAAACCACUGGAAUUAUAAUGUUAAAUUGUGCAAAUAUUUGUUUAAAAUAUACCAUGCAUUACAUACCUAUGAAAUAAAUCUGACCACUUGAAGCAUACAUGUCUGAACAAAAAAAUUAAAAAAAAAAAGAAAGAAGGAAAAUAGUUCAACCUGACUUCUGCAGUAUUCGCGACAUCCGAAGAAAAUAUUUGAUAUUUAUGCAGAAUCUGUUCUAAGACUCAUCUCCAAUUAAAACUAGAGUUCCUUCUCAGUUACGUGAAACUCUUGCAACCCCAACAGGUUGUCCAAAAUUGUCAAAGUGCUUACUGUGUGAGCGUAGCAGAAAUUAUUUUUGUAAUAUAAUUCAUAUUUAUGAAAUACUUUGUAUACUACAUAGGAAGAAAUAUGUACUCCUUAAUAUGUAUUUAAUAUGCCUGACUUGUUUUCCUGAUCACAAUGCAUUAAUCAUUCAGUAUAAAUAAAACCAGAACAAUAUACCAAACAGCAACCAGGGAUGUAAUGUAUAGCAUCAUCCAGAAUUAAGUGAUCAGAUAUUAUAAUAAUAAUGAUUAUAAUAAUAAUAAUGAUAAAAAUGUUCUGUACUAUUCUUGUGAAAUUAGCAUAUUACCUUAUUUCAGAUUUGUUACCAAUGGUGCAUUUUAAAAUAGAUUGAUUAGUUUUUUAGUAUUGUGUCCCAGGCAGUUACUUGCCAUCAGUUUUCUUGCUUUUCAGGUCUCUACAGCUUAAUCUGAAUACUUUUCACAAGUAUUUACAGGAAUUUAUGCAAAGGGGAAUAUUUUUAUUGUACAUGCAGAAGUUUUCUGUUCUUAUCUCUCUGGCUGCUGUUAGUCAGCAAAACCUGAUCAGAACAGUGAACAAUAUGGCAAAACCUGUUUAAAACCUCAGUGCAAAAUGGAUAUAGUGGUCUCAGUUCAGAGGACUCUGUAGCUCAUAACUAGAGAGUAAAAGCUUGCCUUUGUGAAAGCUGAAUCUGAAUAGCCAGGAAAAAAGGUAGGAGAAUGGAAAAUCCCCAUUGUAUCCCACUGAUAGAUGGUACUUGGACAUGAGAAUGGAGAUAGAUUGGUAAAGCAUCCUACAGCAAAACUGUGUGAUGAGAUUAACAAAAUUUCUUUGACUUGAUGAGCUUUGAAUAAGGCCCUCUUAUGUCCUUUGCUUUCAGAACCUUUACCCCCUCCCCCUUCCCUACCUUUUAUAAUCAAUACAUAAGUCAAUUAAGAUAGUAGGAUAUAAACAUGAAUGCUUUUCAUGAAUUUGAAGCUAGCAAAAAUUAGAGCAAGACUCAAUACUGUGGAGAAGGCUGUGUCAGCUAUUUCCAAUAUAAACCUCUAAUUUCAGGGCUUUAUGACACUGAGUUGAAAUUUUUAUUCUGGAAUGAUACUUGGCAAACAGCCUGCAGUGUAUUUUUAUCAAAAUAGACAGAAAAAAAAAAAAAAAAAAAAAAAAAAAGCUCUGUUUCUUUAUUUAAGAGAAAGCAAACAAAACAUUUCUCUACUUUCAGACAUUUGUUUAUGCUCUUUUGGCUUAGGAAGAGGGUGGUUUUAUUAUAUUUCUCCAUACUGCAACGUAUAUAUAUAUGACUUCAGAUAAUAAAAUUACAAGAGACAAAUUAAUGGCUGAGUUUAUUUCAAAAAGCUGCAUCCAUCCAUGCACAAUAAUUGACUUAAUUCAGAAUGUCAUGGGGAUUUUGAGGACACAGAUACUGCCUACACAUGCAGUUCUGGCAUAAAAAGCUCCUGGUUGGCCAAUGAUGCAAUGAUGCAAAGGUUUGGAUGAGAACAUGUGUGUUUAUUGUCUGGAUUAAGGAGUGUCCAGUGGACUCUGCUGGCUCCUUCAACAGGCUGAGGGUGACAGAUCCCUGGGUCUGUCACAGCCGUGGGUGGCCUCGAGGGUGUGUCCAAAUUCACUGGGUUUGCCAAAGCAGAAGGUGUCUGACACACAAGUGUGUUGUCACUGGCAUGUCCUGUAUGAUCCUCCUGGGAGGAAUGUGCUGAAAAUAUUAAAAAUAGCAAGUAAGGAAAUAACUUCUAAGUGAUGGUAAAACUGGUGUGCUUAUGACUUCUGUUGCCCUGAGUCAAAAUAACAAUGAUAAAUGGUCAUACCUUCCUCAGCUAAAAAAAAAAAACAAAAAAUGAGGGCUUUUUGGUUUAUUUUCUGUUGUUUCUGAGUUUUUUGGUUGUUUUUUUAUUUUUAAUUUUUUUGUUGGUUGUGGGGGGUUUUACAGGUUUUUUUUCUUUGUUUUUUUUUUUUUUUUUGUUUGGUUUUUUUUUUGUUUUUGUUUUUGUUUUUGUGUUUUUUUGGGUUUUUUUGUUUUUUUUUGUUUUGUUUUUCUUUUUUUUUUUGGAGUGGUGUCUUCUGUUUGCUGAUCAAAAGAACUGAACUGUUAUGCUGUACCAUUACACUGGGUCAGAGUUUUCUGAUCACUGAGACCCCAAUUCCAGUAAAGCAUUUCACUUCAACCUAAAUCCUGUGCAGAGGUACUAUUCAUAAGGUAAUAAUUAGGUACCUGCCCAAGAGUGGGGCUUAGCUAGAGUUUUGUCAUUGACUUCAAAACAAGCCAGCUUAGAACCAUUGUAUAUAAUCCAUAGAGCCCAGUGACUUGUCUGGGGUUAUGCAGUUGAGUGUAGGUUCACCAGCAUCAGUAAAGGUUGCACAAUCUGGACCUUCUGUAGAAAUUGUCCCUAAGUGUUUUACAAUGUAUGGUGCAAUAUGUAGGCAUAAUAGUGUGAGUGAAGAAUGCAGAAGCUGGCAAAACACUAUUUUUCUGUGGAAUUGUUACUUUCAAUGGCAACCUUAGUGUCAGUUUAUUUUCUCCAUGUUUUGAAACAGUGUAUGUGUCUGCACAGCAGUUUUAGUGUGAUGUCCAUUCAAAUCUCUGGUCAGUCUUUCUGAGAAGGUGACUCUUGGGUGUGGCUUAACAGGUCUGUCUGUUCAUUAUCUUGGUUUGAGUGGCCAUGCUUGUAAAAUGGCUGUUAAGACCCAUAGACAUAAACUAAACCAGUGAAGGUGUUGACAUAAUCUGUUGUCUCCAUUGUAUUAUAAAGAAGUUUCAAUUUUUAAAUGAAAUCAAUAAAGUGUAAUUGUUUCCUUGAAAAAGAAAAAAAAUUGUGCAAUUUUAUCAGAAAGCAAAUACCGCGGUGCAAGAACACAAGAACAGGUGAUUCAUGUUUUGCAUUUACUGUUCAAGAUUGACAAUAAUGCAGCAAUCUAGUAUAAAUAUAUUUUUAAAUGCUUUUUUUUUAAAGCCAUAAUGAUGAUAUAAAUUAUAAAGGCAUGGCCUUGUGAAUAAUGUUAACAAAUGUUUCAGAAUCAAGAAAAAACAUCCAGAACUUGAUGGUGGUAUAAUAUCUAUAAUAUCUUUUGCAUGAUUUGUAUGUUGAUAUUGUAUGAAAUGAGCACAGUGAGACUUUUUUUUUUGGUUGCAUCCAAAGAGUU